AUGUACUCCUGCGCAAACUAUUCUCGCGGAUGCCGAGGCCGCGUCAACAGACAAGGAACAAAGUGCACUGACUGUAUUUCUCUGAACUUACGCCGUGCAGUAUUUGCUUCAAAAUUCGCCCAACCACGCAAACACAAGUGCAUACUGUCCCCAGAGCUCUUCGAUAAAUCCUCAAGCAAGCCUGAAUCCCUACUUUAA